CAUAGCAUUGUAUUUCUCGUAAGAAUUCUGCACUCAAAAUCAAAUAAAGAUGGCUGUGGAUAUUGCAUCUAUCGACACCCCUGUCCUGGUGGGCGUUAGCCUCCUGGUUCUGGCUUUCCUGAUUGGUUGUUCUAGAGGGCGUGACACCUGGCUCUUCGUGGACUUCCUGGCUACCACUGCGUUUGGUCUGGCCUGGUACUUUGUCCCUGAUGUCAUCUUGGGAUUCCAGAUCAAUGUCACACCAGACGGCACACACCUUACUUACUCUCGAGCCUUUGCUGCCUGUAUGAUCGGUGAUGCUGUAACACGCUAUUUCUGCCGCUCAUCCAAGGAUGCUUCAACCCUCGUCUAUCUCCUCUUUUCACGUAUAGUUGGCUGUACAAUUCUCAUCGUUUCCAUGGUGUACAUUCAAUACUUUGGUGGAAAUACUUGGAAUCAAAACCAUAUCUUCUUUGGCAUGGUUGGAAACAUGCUAUGGAUGAUGGGAAGUGUAAUCUACUACUACCAGUCCCGCUACUCCGGUGGCCACGCCCAGCUGGAAAGCCGCCUCAACAUGCACCUCCGCUUCGACGGAUUCCUGGUGCUGGUGAUCGGCCUUACGAUUUUUGGCUUCCCUGAUUUGUUCUUGAAAAUCCAGACUACCCUAGAGUCAUACGAUGGAGCUCAUCUUCACAUGGCAAGAUCAACCGGAGCUCUCCUGAUUGGCUCGUCUAUCUUGAGCUUCAUGGCUCCGGGAUUCCUCUUUGACUGGGACAAGAGGGCCAUCUUUGUCGGACGUAUUGUGAAACUAUUUCUGACCGUGCUGGCCGUUCUGUAUGCUGCCGCCAAGUAUGAUGCCUGGGGAGGCAACCUCCAUCUCUACUUCCUCAUGGAAAGCAUUGUGACAUUGAAUGCGUUGCUAGGUUACUACGCCCCUCAUGAGACGGAACGCUACAAGAGCAAUUAAGAGGAUGGUCAAAGAUUACAGUCUUUAAAGAGAAGGUUGAGUUCUGGGAAGAGGUGAAAAUAAUUUGAGAGCAUUUCCAUUGUUAUUGAGCAAGUGUGGAACAACAUCACAGGAAAAAGUUCCCUGAAAUGCAUGGCUCUUCAAAUGCCUUCAUAUUCUGAAUAUGACAUGAAACAGCUUAAAAAUGUGGGCCCUUAUUUUUAUGCUAUAUGUUUGUGUGGUCCCAUACACAUCUUUCUGUGUAUAAUGCUUGUUACUUUUACCAAGACUAGGCCAAAUUUAUAUAAAUUUGAUGAUACCAGAACCUUGCAGUACACACCAUUACUCAUGUGCUACUUAUGUGAUCAAUUCCACACUGUUUCUUUCACAAUGCAAUCGCUGGACCAGAACUCAACUUUAUCUUUAAUCACUAAGGUGGAUUAAAUGGAGCCUGAUUUAACUGGUAAGCAUAAUUCAAUCGGUCGUUGAGGCAUGUCUCUAGAUAUAGCCAUAAUGUUAUGUAGCUACGGCAGUUAAUUUGCAUGCGAUGCCAUGUGCAUCAGGUAAAGUUAGGGUAAAGGGUUAGGGUUGUGGCUGUUUUUGGAAAUGUGCCUUUACGACUGGUUAAAUAAUGCCUACCAAUUUUCACUUGGUCCACUGAUUUACAAAGCGCCAUGUGUCAUCUUCUCUUUGCUGUAGACAUUGUGGACAUUCUGUAACAAAAUGAAGAAAAAAUAGUCAUGAAUUGGACAUUGAAUUCAUGCUGACAAGACUUUUGUUUAUUCAUUUAGUUAAAUAACCAUGGCGAUUUUAAUAAUGGGAUGAAGAGGUUGACUUAUAGCACUCUGAAAUUCGGUAGACUCUCUCUACUCACUAACAUGGGAUUGAAACCCCCUGCCACAGACGAGAAUCUCCAGCCAUUUUGGUUCUCCUGAUAAAAACAUGAAAACUUUAUACAAAUGACACAAUCUUUGAGUAGUAUAAAGUACAUCUGGUGUCGUUUAACAUCAAAUUGUUAAUUCAUUUUCACUGUUUCUUGUUUACUUUUUUUCCGUGGAAAUUCAUCAAAAAUUAUUUUCAAAAAGAAUAUCUGAAGUGAGUCUGGGAAAGGAGACUAUGUAUGAAAAUGCACAACCUCCUUGCGUACCAGAAGAAGUGAUGCAGUUGGAGAUUCUCGCCUGUGACACCGGAAUAAAGCUAGUAUGCUUUUAUGAAUUCUUUCCAAUGUGCUUGCAACGGUCAGAAAUAAGCAUUCCACAGCUUGGAUGUCUUCACCUGUACAACAUUAUAAAGUCAGGGAACUAAUAUUGAAAUAUGUAUUACAAGACUGUCUAGUUUCAUACAGAUAUGUUUUUGACUGUCCUUGAGUGAAUAUCAAGUACAGCCGGACCUCAUUCUGACGGAACACAGUUUUUACAAACUCUCUUUAUAUGAAGGUAAUUUCACUGAUCACAUUCCUUUGUAUUCCAUUGGCUUUAUUACCUCAAAGAUAACAAUCUUUCAGUAUAAGAAUAUUUCUUUGGUUCUAGGAGUUUCUUACAACGAGGUACUGCUGUAUACAAACAGAUUGUUUGUUGAUGAUCUCAAUUGUUAGCAGAGUUGUUAAAGAACCAAAUCGCGUCUGACAGGUAUGACAUAAAGGCUUUAUAGGUUUGCAGACAGUCAAUAAUAAGGUUGUAUAACUGCUGUAUGGAAUCAAUUGAAUCGAAGAGUCGAAUGUUACCAAAUGUCACAGUCUGCACCUCAAAGAGGGGCUAUUUGCAUUGAUGAGUGAAGGUGACAAGCUCUACUUGUUAAGAAAUGGGAUGGCAGGUUUACCUGGACCGUGGGAACAUACUUCAAUUCCUAAUGCAUAAUGAUGCGAUUCCAUGGAUGCUUAACAUUUCUUCCAUUUUCGACAAAGUAUUAUCUUAAUGUUUAGAAACGGUCUUCCUAUAUAGUAAGUAGGAAUUCUAAUUUUAUUUUGAAAAGAUGAUGUUGGGAGAGUAAGUCUUGCGAUUAUGCUUGAAAAUUCUUGGAAGACAUGAAUUUAUUUAAGGAUUAAUAUAUGAUAAUGAUGAUGAAGAGUAACAAUGUGUAUUGUAAAUUAAGGCACCCAGGUUCAUUGAAAGUUACUAAACACAUAUAUAAUAGCACAUAAGGUACAUGUUUCAUCUGUUGAGAGCCAGCAGGACAUUAAUUCUGUGUGAGAGUAUAUGGGUUAACGCUCUUCUGUCUCCAUACAAACAAUGAAGCGCUUUCGCAAAGACGACAGGAGAAUUACGGCAAUACAGCUCCUCCGUCGUGUUAAGGGAACGAACGCUAUCAUGGCCGCGUACAGUCGUGAAAAGAUUCUUGUUCGUUCAAGCGCAGAUUAUUUUUUUCGCUUGCAUUACCGUCAUCUUUGCCUUCCGUUGUCUUUGCUAAAGCGCCCUAAUAUCAUUUAAGGUAACAUAUUUUUCAAGAAGAGGUGAUAGAUUUCAGGGUUAUGUUAUAAGAGGCAAUAGAUGGCUUGAUUUCGUGUGCUGUAUCUCUCACUUUAUAGACACAUGGGGAAAAAUCCCCCCCACCCUUCCCCCCCCCCCCCCCAAAAAAAAAAAAAAGAGAACAGGGUAUUUGCAGUUUGGCUUGAGUUUGAUUUAUCAUGAAUCCUUUUGAGAAAUAGCACGUUUUCUGGUUGAGGUGUGUACCAAAUCAUGAUAAGUCAUUAUUUUUAUGAAGAGAUCUGAAUCUUGUGCUUUACCGUUUUCGAUGUUGUAGUGUGGAGAGAUUUUGAAUUCAAUUCCCUUUCCAUUCAAAGCAAUCCACUAAAAUACUUUUUUUUUUCUAUGCUAUUCAGUAUGAAAGAAGAUGAUGUAUAUAUAUUUUUGUUUCAGAGGAACCAGAUAUUUUCUUACUCUUGCUUGGUAAUAUAUAAUUCAAUGCAGCAAUUGUUAUCGGUGUUUACCCCAGGUGAAAAUAUUCUUCUCUUGACCCCUCAUACAUGCUGUAUUAUGUAUAUACAGUCAAACCUGUCUGUAGCGACCACCCAAGGGAAACACAAAAAGUGGCCUUUGUAGACAGGUGGUCUUUGUAGAUAUGUUCCUUUAGAACAUGUUUCGAUGAGAAACCCUUUUCAAGAGAAACAAAUCAUGUGGUCUGUGUAGACAGGUGGUCACUAAAGCAGGUCUGACUGUAUUCUUCUUUCUAGAGUUGUUACAUUUUGUCCUGAUCAUGAUGCAGUCCUGACCAGUUGAUGUGGGAUUCAAAGAUCAAAUAAUAGAUUUGCAAGAAGGCCGCAACUACCAGUGACAAUACAUGGCUCUUACAGCCUUCUUGCGUGUAGCCGACAAAGUUAUUGUUCACUCAGUCUAAUAUCUAUAGAAAAUCCCACCAUGCUAAUAUGUCACGAUUGUUGUGAUGUAAAGAAACUGGAAAUGGUAUCAACUCUAAUUACUCUACGCAUAUUUGUAAUUUUGUAAUCGUUUAUUUAAAUUUUAUUUUCUGUAGAUGUAUGUAUUCAUUACUUGGUCAUAGACUAUUUAUCAUUUUGUAUACCGGUAUGUGUAUAUGCUUUGUAUUUGCACGAUUUUGCUAACGUAUUUAGUUUAUAUUUGAAGGGCAUUGUAUACAAAUGAGAGGCUGGGUUGCAGUAAUGUAUUACUGAUGUAUGAUGUCUAUGUGCUUUGUAUUUGGGACCCUAAUUAAUAUGCAAUAUCCAACUAAAUAUAUCUUAUAUGAAUAUUUCUUAUGUUAAUAUUAGUCGAAAACCUAGUUUUUAGGUAGACAACUUCUGAUUUUCUAAGCUUUAGAUUUCAAGGUAUCACAGUGCUGUUACUCCUCUGACAGACACUAAAAUAGCUUAUAAAGGAUAUUAUUGCAAUCUAUGGCUUAUAAACUUUCCACUGAUAUAUAAUUCAUCUAUUACAUUUUUCACUUCCGGACAGGGUCUUUAAUCUUUCAAUGUUACUAUUAUUUGUAUUAUUAAAUGUCAAGCUUUUUAGUGAUGCUUGGUGUUUUGAUUGAAAAGAGCCUUUCUUUCAAACACGGCUGUAUAAGAACAAACCUUGUGAAUUCUUUCAGUACUCCUAUAACACCUUGAGACUUCAGUUUAUUUCUCAGGAUAAUCACCUUCCAUUUGUAUUGGCUUUCUGCAGGGCAUUAAUGCCAUUCGCCCUUCGGUACCCAGGAGGGGGAACAUGUCCAUAUUUAAACGCCCUCAUGAUUAAAAAAUACAUCCAUUUGAGAGCCAGAAGGGUGUUAACUCUGUGUAAAAUGAUACAAGUAAACGACCUUCUGGCUCCGAACAGAUGCCUUGCUCUUUGUUAUGAAGGAGAAUUCGGAAAUAUGAAACUAAUUCAUCAAAGGGUGAAUGCUCUUUUGUAUAGAGUUGCAAAAUAAUUUAUAAACACAAACACUUUUUGGUGUUUAAUCCUCCCUAUGUAACAAUCACCAGAAGUGCUGUCAUGAUUAUCAGGUUGUAAUAUUUUAGCCCCUUUUCAUUUUUCUAUCCAGUGGCGAAAUUGAAUGUACAAAAACGAUUUUCAGUCUAAAUAUGUCUGCAAUACCCACUUCUGUAUGUUAAUUUUGUUACUUCUUCUUGUGCUUUAAUUUGGUUUCUCUGCGAAAUACAGAUGUUUGCUUUUCCAUAAA